AUGUCUGCAAAUCGCCCAAGUCCUCCUUCCCUCACAAUCACAACAAAAACACUCAUACCACCCACAAACCUCAUUGCUGUAUCCUCAAAUUCAUUGAGUGCCGGUACACCAUCUUCAUCAAACUCAACCUCCACCGCAACCACGUUAUCAGCAAUUUCAUCCGUAGCCAAAUCGGCACUACCUAUUUCAAGGGCUGGAUUGAACAGGAAAAUGCCGGCAAUUCCAAUCAGGGGGGCUGUGAAAGAGUUUGAUUAUAUAGUUAUCGGAGGUGGUAGCGGUGGGAGUGGGACGGCGAGGAGAGCGGCGGCGCCGAGGAUAAAGGGGGGAUGGGGGAAAAGGGUACUUUUAGUGGAGAGUGGGAAGAGUGGUGGGACUUGUGUUAAUGUUGGCUGUGUCCCUAAGAAACACACUUGGAACUUCUCCUCCAUGUCUGAAGCCCUUCGUGCUAGCCAACACUACGGUUAUGAGACCCCCUCCAAUAUUCCCUAUAAUUACGCCGCAUUCAAAGCUAAACGCGAUGCCAACAUCGCCGGUCUAAACCGUGGCUACGAAACCAACUGGGAGCGCGAGGGGAUUACUCUCGUUCGUGGAGGUGCCAGGUUCAUUGCUGCGAAAACUAUCGCUGUUGAAUUAGUAGAUGGAACUGGCGUUGAGACAUUCAAAGCUGAACAUAUCUGCAUAGCCACCGGAGGCAAACCAAUUGUUCCAAAGAUUUCCGGAGCGCAAUUUGGAAUUACAAGUGAUGAAUUCUUCGGACUCGAGGAAUUACCCAAGAAGAUAGCAAUUGUUGGUGCGGGAUAUAUAGCCGUUGAAAUGGCGGGAAUGUUGAAUGCUCUUGGAGGAAUCGAAGUACAUAUGUUUAUACGAGGCGACAAGAUAUUGCGAAAAUUCGAUCCGAUGAUUUCAGAAACGAUGACGAGGACAUACGAGGAAGCAGGGAUUGUCAUUCACAGGGGAUAUAAGAACUUUGCAAGGGUAGAAAUGUUUAGUGGAAAGAAAACGGCGGAGGAAAAGGUGUUGAAUUUGAGAUGGGAUGGGGAUGAUGGGAAGGGCUUCGUUGUUAAUGAGGUGCUUUGGGCAGUGGGGAGGAGCCCGGAUACCGAGGACUUGAAUUUGGGGGUUGCGGGGGUGUUGACGGAUGACAAGGGACACGUUAGGGUGGAUGGGUUUCAAAACACUAAUGUGGAGGGUGUGUAUGCUUUGGGAGAUGUGACGGCUCAGUUGCAACUUACGCCUGCGGCUGGCCGUCAACUCUCCAACCGACUCUUCGGGCCCACUCAGUUUUCACAAGCUGCGCUCUCCUAUAACUUCGUCCCAAGCGUCGUAUUCGCACAUCCAGAAGUCGGUACCAUCGGGCUAACCGAACCGCAAGCUUUGGAAAAAUAUGGGGCCGGCAAUCUCAAAAUCUAUCACACGAAGUUUGCAGCAAUGUUUUAUGAUUUCUUUCCGGCGGAAGAAAAGAAACAUUUACCGACCGAGUUUAAAAUCAUUUGUGAGGGAGACGAGGAGAGAAUUGUGGGGUUGCAUUUGAUAGGACUGGGGGUCAGUGAGAUGUUGCAAGGGUUUGCGGUGGCGGUUAAGAUGGGGGCUAGAAAGAGGGACUUUGAUGCUUGUGUGGCGAUUCAUCCGACGAGUGCUGAAGAGAUUGUUACGAUGAAGUAG